AGUCACUAUCCCUGGAGGUGUUCAAGAAACAUGCAGAUGUGGUAUUGACGGGCAUGGUUUUAUGGGCAAUAUUGGUGAUAGGUGAACAGUUGGACAUAGAGGUCUUUUCCAGCCUUAAUGAUUCUCUGAUUCUAUAUUUCAGCUUGAGAGCAGUAAAAGGUGAGUGUAGAGGAGUGGCUUGAAUGACCCCGGUUCCAUUUUUUUCCAUUAAAUGGCUAAUUUAGGAGUGGCUGAAGAGCAUAAUUAACACAGCUACAGCGCCUCUGUCAUCACCUUUCUCCUAUGGCCCACAUGCAAGUACUCCUGUCCCAGAUAGUGUGCCUACGCAGGAGUGAAGGGGUAUGUCUACCUACCCCAUAACCCACUUCCCUUUUCUGCCUGGUGAGGCAAUGGCCCAUGGAGCACAAGCAGAACAGGCAGCGCAGCGUAAACCCUCAGCAAUAUAAAAUUGCUCCUUUUAAGGCGACAGACUGCUUUCAAAAGGACUAGUGGGCAUGAUGCCUCAAGAUGUCAUGGUUGGCUGGUUUAUGUUGGGGGGUGGAAAGAAAAUUAUUGAAAGCUGGGUUUAGUUUGGGUAUUAUUAUGCAUAUAUCCCUCCAUGCCUAAUUACGCUGAAGCCUGGCUGCUUUGAGAAUCACAGAAUAUCCCGUGUUGGAAGGGACCCACAAGGAUCAUUGAGUGUAACUCCUCUUGCUGCUUUAUGAGCGCAGAAGCCACAUCCCCAACCAGCGCAGGGCCUAGACCCACACACGCGUCUCUGCAGCUCUGCUGAGCCCUCCGCUGGACCCAGGGCUGUGGGCUGGAGGCCGGAGGAAAAAAUGAGGCUCACCCUCACUUCGAAGCGUGGGUGGCAGUCCGGGCCGAGCGCGGAGGGGGAGAGGCCGCGCUCCCCGCGGAGCGUUCAGAUGUUAGUGAGCCCUAUUGAGCCCUGACGGGGCUUUAAUGGCCCGGGUGAGGCGCGGGGCGCGGCGACACAGCCCCGGGGAACAGCGGCCGUCGGAGCUGAGCGGCGCGCAGAGCCGCGGGGCCCUGAGGCCGGGCGGUGUGUGAGGGCCAGGCAGCGGCGCUCCGGCCAUGACGGGCGGGCGGCUGUGGCUGUGGUUGGCCUGGCUGCUAGGGCUGGCGGAGCUCGGCGCCCUGCCCCUGGCCGCCGGGCCGCGGGACGAGGUGCAGGCGGCGGCGCUGCAGCGGCUGCGGGAGGUGUUCGACAUCGAGGAGCUGCCUCCCGACGUGCUGCCCCGCAAAAAGCCGCCGCAGUUCAUGGUGGAUCUCUUCAACAAGGUGGCCGACGCCAACGGCAUCACCCGCGCGCCGGGGCUGCUGGAAGGCGACGUGGUGCGCAGCUUCGAGGACCGAGCUCCCGUGGAGCAGGACCGCUUCUUCUUCGACGUCAGCGCCAUGGAGAGAGGCGAGCAGGUGCUGAAGGCCGAGCUGAGGGUGUUCAAGCUGAGGAGGAGGCGCGUGGCCAGGAGAGCCGAUCCGCAGCACUUCUGCAAAGUGGAAGUGUAUGAGCUCCUGGAGGGUGGAAGUAAUCCACAAAAAAGAAAUCUCAUUGCAUCAAGAUUGUUGUCUCUGCACACAGAAGGCUGGGAAGUAUUCAACGUCACACAGACGGUUUCCAAGUGGGUCGGAAGCAGUAACUCCAACCAUGGCUUUUUGAUAACUGCAACACACUUACUCAGCAAUAGAAUUGAACACAACCUGGUUACAUUUGCAAAGGGACAGGGCAGUUUGCAGGAGAGUAGAAAUGCUCUCCUUGUCCUCUUCACCAACAGUAAUAAACGGAGGUCUUCCAGCUUUGGACCCUCUUCUACAAAGCUGAACCCUGCCAAAAAUGAUGCUUUGUUACGUGUGCCCCGUGAAACUCUGAUAAUCAAAAACAGCAAUGGAAGAAAGAGCAGGAGACAUCGGUCUGCUUCAGUACUUUCUUCCAAAAGCCAGGUAACAGCGUGUCAUCGAAGAGAACUCUAUGUUGACUUCCAUGCUAUUGGCUGGUCAGGGUGGAUUAUUUACCCAAGUGGAUACAAUGCAUUUUACUGCAGAGGCUCCUGUCUUUUUCCACUGGGGGAAAGUCAAAAUGCAACAAACCAUGCCACAGUUCAGUCUAUAGUCCAUACACUUAAACUGUCUCAGGAUGUCAGCACGCCCUGCUGUGUUCCAGAUGAAUUGAAGUCCCUCAAUCUCCUCUACUUUGAUGACAAAGAGAAUGUGGUUCUUAAGAAUUACAGAGACAUGGUGGCAACAAGGUGUGGUUGCCAUUAGCAGGACAUUUUUUUUGUACACAUUUGGCGUAUGCUUGGAUUCAGUUUCCUAUUUGCCAUUGAAAAUGAUUUCAGAUUAUGGGUCAAGAGAACCAGAAGUUCACCUAUGUUUGAAAUCCUCUCACCAUGGCUGUGUGGGAAGGAGUUUAAGGAAGCUGUUUGAAGAGCCAUGGGUUUGUAAUGGCUAUGGAAAACUCUGUGCCCAUAAAACAGAGGAAACCAUUAGGAACAGGAAUUAUGUGAAAGAGCCCAAACACACUGUGUGCAUUCAAACUAAGGUCCUGUUUCGUAUGUUGAAACUCUGAAUAUCCUAAGGAGUAAGAGGCACACUAUCCCAUAGGAUAUGGAAGGGACUCAUUAGGAUCAUCGAGUCCAACCUCUGGCUCCACACAGGACCACCCAAAAAUCAGACCUUACAUCUGAGAGCAUUGUCUGGACCUUUCAUGAACUCUGGCAGCUCGGUGCCGUGGUUGCUUUCCUGAGGAGCCUGAUCCAGUGCCUGACCACCCUCUUAGUGAAUAACCUUUUCUUGAUAUCCAGCCUGACCAUUGCCUGUCACGGCUUUGUGCCAUUCCUUUGGGUCCUGUCGCUGAGAGGGGUCUCGGCACUGCUCCUCAGCACACCCGCAUGAGGAAGCUAUAGGCCACAAUAAGGUCUCCUCUCAGUCUCUUCUCUGGGCUGAAAGAACCUAAGGAUUUUAUUUGUUCUUCAAAUGUCUUCCCCUCUAGACCCUUCACCAUCUUUGUAGUCCUCCUUUGAACACUCUUUAAUAGUUCUGUGUCCUUUUUGUACUGUGAUGAUCAAAACUGCACACAGUACUCAAGGUGAAGCUGCAUCAGUGCAGUGUAGAGCAGGACAGUCACUCCCCUCAACCAACUAGCAACGCCGUGCUUGUUGUACCCUAGGGUAUGUACCCUAGGAUCCUGCCUCAAUCCAACAAGGGAGUGCUGGUCUCAGUAUACUACCUCAUUCAGCUUUGACUGCACAUGAUUCAAUGGGGAUGUAAAUUCCAAAGCAGAGCUUUGAGGAUAAGUGUUUGCCCAGAGCUGACCUCGGAGCUCUCUUCUGUGUAAUGCAUAAACUGCAGGUGGUAAUGCACUUCUUCCCCUGUUCUGUCUGCAGUUUUACCAAACACAGAGACCACCUUAUAAGUCCCUCUGGGACUUACUAGGCAAUCUGAUGGAAUCAGGACGGUAUAUAUCUGGGCAUCAGCAAACUUGGCUUCUGGCUCAGUGCUGUACCUCUAUGAUGAAGGGUUUUGUAAAAACCAUUUUCAUCCACCAUGGCCUGCUGUAGCUUAUAGGCUGUGUGGCAGCAGAGUGCCCUUGAGUAUUUAUUGUACAGUGACUGUUCAAUAAGCUCAGGUUGCAGCUCCCAUAAUUUAGGCAGAAAGAAAAAAAAGAAGUCCAAACUUUGGAGGUCUGUUAGAACACAUGCUGGAUGCUGCUCUGGUCCUGUAGCUAAGGCAAGUUUGAUGGAAGGUACUCGAUGGUUCCCCUUCAUUCUUCCUUGAACCAUAGGAUACAGACUUGGAGGGGGGCCCCUGAGGUCUUGGAGUCUUGCUACAACGUAAUGGAGGCAACCAUCCCAUUGCAGUUCCCUGAUCAACUCAUUGAGUUGUAACUUAAGCCUAUUUAGGUUUCUUGUCUCCAUUAAUCCUUGAAGGAGGCUGACACGUCACGGAACUUGACAUUUCCCAUCAGUGGAAACUUCAUGAAGAAGUUUUACUCCAGUGAGAUGUAAAAAAAAAAAUAAAAAAUUGUAAAUGUUUUUUU